CCUUUACAGUUGGAAUUUAGUGAUCUGGACAAUAAUGGUCAAGUGUUGGUUGAUUUUGAUACAAGAUCUAGUAAAAUAAAGUGUAAAGACAUGAAUCUAUCUUUGUCAGAUUGGCAGUUAGAAAACACUUCAAACGAAAUCGGGGCCUCUGUUUGUGUUUUUUGUAUUAUAUCGUUAUUGUUGACGACUGCCAAUAUGCUUUUUGCUGCUUAUACUUUCUGGAAAACUAAGCAGUUUAUGAAGAAACACUAUCAGGCAUACUUCGGGGUUGUAGCUAAGGAUGAGACGGACCUGCCAGCGUCAGAGUACUUUCGGUUUUUAAGAUUCUGGGAAGUAACGGUUAUUACCUCUGAUAUAUUGACUAUAUACGGUACAGUCUGGAUAGUGUUUAAUACAGUGCAAAGUGAGUUUGUGCUCGAGUUGCUAGAUUCCUACACCGUAUGGUUAGGAGUCGGCUGUAUAUUAGCGUGGCUAAGUUUACUGAGGUUCUUCAAGUUUCAUAAUAAAUUCCAUCUGCUAUUUAAUACACUAUACAGAGCAUUUUGGGAUGUGAUUGCCUACCUUUUUUGUGUAGGUGUGUUAUUUGUCGGGUUCUGGGUUGGUGGAUAUGUCGUCAUGGCGCCGUACCAUGUCAAGUUCAAAACCCCGGCCGCAGCAGCGGAGACGCUGUUUUCUGUUGUUAAUGGCGACGAGAUAUACGCUACCCUAGCAAUACUGGAGUCGGAUAAGAGCGGGGGUAACUGGGUGUGGUGGUUUUCAAGGUUCUAUCUCGGAUCAUAUGUUGCUAUAUUUACUAUAGUUGGCAUUAACCUCCUUAUAUCUCUUUUCAAUAGCGCCUAUGAUUCUAUAAGGAAGUAUUAUGACGACAAACCGGAUGAACGAACAUUGGGUCGGUUAGAGAAAGCUUUGCGUCGAGUUAUAGUUCAAGACGGUGAGGGAAACAAUCUGCGGAGCUCGAUUUAUGACCUUAUGAAUGACAGUUUACCCCUAACACCAGAAAUAAAAUCUCUGAAAACUGAACUUUCAAAAAUUGUUCGCGUUUUUAAAACCGAGAAUGACCUCGUGCUUCUGAAACCGAGGACUCUGAAAGUGUUUAUGGAAGAUGAAGAGCACCAAAUGAAAAAAUAUAAAUGCGGGUCUGUGAGCUGCUCCUUCACGUUUUUUGCAACCGAUGACCAGAUUACAAAAGACGAUGUCUGAUCAGAAACAGAAAGACGAUCGUUAACAAGCAGACAGUUACACAUACUAUGAUCUAUGAUAAGAUAAAAAUGAUAUUGACAUUCAUCUACAUUUAGUCUUUCCUUACAGUUAUUGUUGUAAAACUAAUUAAAGAGACCUUUUUAUCAUAACCUAACAAAAAACAAUGUGAUUAUAUUAAUCCUAUUCAUAUGUGGUAACUAA